AACGUUUGUAAAGCACAUAUGAUACCCUUCAUAGCGUGUAGUUUACAACAAACGACGUAAGAGACGUGAACAGUAGAUAAUGACUCACCGUGUUGGGUAUUGGUAAACCUGCUAAACAAGUUUGAAUAAGGCUUUGUAAUUCGAUCCCGUCGAGCAAACGAGCAACACAGUGUAAUGUUUAUUCCUGACAAGGAAGUAAUGCACCCUGCAAGUUUCUAUCGGAUCACUGCAUUGCCAUAUCGAAUUUUGAGGACCCGUUAACGGACAAACUCCAUCUGUACAUCCAUGGUGUUUGGGGAGUGUGACAAUAUUGGUGUAUUUGUGAUUGUACAUAUUUCCAACAUGUAUCAAACUGUCAACGCCACACUCUGGGAUGUGAACAUGCGUUAACAAGCUCAACCAAUGACAGUGUUAAUGCACAUUCUCGCCGAGUGACGCCCGCAUUGUAUAUACACAGACUAUGGAGAAUCAGUCGUUGUUCAGAGUCAACAUCAAAGGGGACGAGAAGACGCACAAGCGCUGUCAUCUCAAAGGGGUGUAUAACAUUGCUGUGAAGGACACAAGCUUGUGUCUGUGUGAUGUCAAAUCCAACCGGGUCAUCUAUGAGUGGCCAUACAUACACAUCCGGAACUAUGGAAAGUCUCGCACCCACUUCACUUUUGAAGCUGGGCGGAAAUCGUUGUCUGGAGAAGGUGUUUUUAAUAUGGAGACGGCCGAAGGUUCUUCAAUCGUGAAUAUGAUGAUGGAGAAAACUCAGCGGAUAAAAGCUGCCAGAGGAUGUAAACAAGGGCCUGCAAAUGGCAUAAAUAAAGGGGACACAGAAGCGAUAACUCAGACAUCUGAAGAGGGUGGUGUCCACUUGUACGUAAACACAGACACUACCAGACACGAGAACGAGGGAUUGUACGACUGCAUAGAUUAGCCUUCUGUCCGGUUGGAGGGAGCAGGUGAAGGAAGACCAGGGUGGACAGUGGAUGAUGGAGCGUGUGUUUGAACAGUUGCUUCAUCUUGAACAUGUCAUUGUGUUUAGUCAUAGAUAGGUGAAAUGAAAUGGGGUUUAACAUCGCGUCAAAGAUUAUUGCAGUUAUAUAGCGACGUACAUGCAAGUGUGUGUGUGGCUGCUUGUACAGGUCCGGACUAAUAUCGAUUUUAUAGUGCUAGCCCACUAACAUACCAUGCUUAACAUGAAUAUCCCAGUCAGACACAGUAUACUGACUCCGAGCCGACCAGUCCUUGUUUUAGCUCUUUAAUGCCGAGCACGAGACAGAGGAACAACACGUACCAUCUCACUAAGCUUCUUUUGGCAUGACGCGGCCGGGGAUCGAACCCCGGACCUUCCGCUCUCCGAGUGAGUGAGUCAGUUUUUUACAUUAUUCCAGUUAUAUCGGAGCGUGACAGCUUAUUGUGUGGAGGAAAGCCCGAAGUGAUGCAGGUCUCAGACGUUUACCGCUUCGGUGAAACCCACGAGCACGGGUAUGGUGCUGACAAACCUAGAAACAUAAUCGGGGCGAACCAGGAUUCAAACCCACAAUCAUAGGUCCCUCAUGCCUAAGGGACGCAGCUCUGCACAGCGAAUCGCGACGCCUUAGGCGACGGGUUGUCAUUUGACGUUAACAAAUUACACAAGGUUUUAUGAUUAAACAACAUGAUUUUAUUUAAAGGCAAAUUUGACAAACAGAGAAAGGGAACCGAAGUAAAAUAUUUCCCUUGAACAUGAUAAAUAUAUCAAUCAUCACUAUUUCAAUAACAUUGAUGAAAGGCAAUAAAAUGUUGUGUUGUUA